UGGAGGAUAGACAGUGCUGCCACCUCCACCUAUGAGAUAGGCAACCCUCCAGACCACCGUGGUCAAGCUUGCAUGAAGAAACAUGGCGUGCCCAUGAGGCAUGUAGCCAGGCAGGUACGACCAACCCCUUUCUCCUUCUUGUUAGCAUUAGCUAGUUAGCUCUUGUGUUCUCUGUUGUUGCAGUGGGUCAUAGACAGUGGUGCCACGACUGACUGGAACACAGGCAGCUCCCCGGACGCCCGUGGUCUGGCCUGCCUGAGGACACAUGGCAUUGAGACAAAACACAGGGCCCGACAGGUAUAUGAUACAUCAGUUACCCUGGGGUCCUUGCUGUGUCACUGGGUCACUGUGGAGACUAUGUAUAAAAAUGUGUGUGGCAUGGAUAGAGUGUGUGUGAGUUGGCUGUAUUAGCCUAAAUCCUAUGUAUGAAACACUCAAGCACGAUGACUUUCCUAGCAGUACUAACUUUUAUUGCAAAUGCUUAGUAUUGCAUCCUGAAAGUUGCUGUUAAAUCACACCAAGAUGUUAUGAAGUCUGGUAUCCUCACAUCUAGGCUCUCCAAAUCUACUCAGUCUACUGAAAGAGACAAGCUUGGGGUUAAUUCCAUUUCAAUUCCAGUCAAUUCAGGAAGUACGCUGAAAUUCCAAUUCUCGUACACGCUUUUCAUUGUAGAAAAUGUGUAAUUUGGUUUACUUUCUUAAUUGACUGUAAUUGAAAUGGAAUUCACCCCAACCCUGGUUGCCAACUGUGUUAGUGGGCCUCAUGUUUUGCUGGUCUUUUUCUCUCCAAAGUAUUUCCAGCUCUCCCUGUCUCUCCUGCCAGCUCUCUGGUGCCCUCCCUGACCCAAUGCUGGGAAGGGGAGCUGCCGUCAUGUUGGUUUGUCUCGCAUAACGGACAGAGGCCGACCCCGUUCUAAUCUCCACAAAUUAGGGAUGGGAGCUCAACGCUGCCCUGGCUCAGAGCCACCCAUGUCUCCACGCAAUGAACUUUGACAAGCUCUGAGUUUCUCUCUCUCGCUCUGUUUAAUCAAAAACUGGAGUUUUGUUUGUUUUAUUGAGAGACAACGGCAAGGGGAUAGAAUGGAGACUAUUAAUUGUUUGUUUUAUUGAGUAAAUGAAUCCAUAAGUGUAUCGUUACAGAGAAAGUGUAUCAUUACAGAGAAAGAUUAAGUUAUGUUAGUCUUAACACUGGAAAUCCCGGAUGAUGGAUUUGAUUGGAGGGGGCCCUGCAAGGGGUUUGAAGCGCAAUGAUUUUUUGCCCUGAAUGCAAAUAGUCAGAAUCAAGCGCAAUUUUUUCAGUUUGGGUGUCAUCCCAAUUCCCAUCACCACAUUUGACUUAUUGUAGCUUUAGACUGAGCUCUUGCUGAGACUCAGUUUGGUUUUUGUAAGAAGAUAGUUCCCUGCUCCACUCGCUGCACACCAAGAGUCAUACAAUAACUCAACAACUCCACACGGUCUCUGAACUUUUUAUCUAUCUGACCUCAGACCAGGUCCUCAUUCUCCCUGAUUUCUCCUUAUAUCUCUCCCCUCCUACCCGUUCCUCAUAUAACAGCCUCCCCGACUGUCAGUCAAAAAUUCCAGAAAUCCAACCAGGCUCUAUCGCUGCAUUGUGGAGGGGGUUCACAUGAGGAUUUUAACCAGAGAUUAUUGCAAAGGGAGAAGACAUAUUGUGUGUGUGUGUUUGCGCUGUAAAGCCCAAGCGGGGAACUACCGUGUUGAAAUAGCAGUGGAUGGAAACUUUGAUUUAGCAAGGGUUUUAGGAUCAAUACAAAUUGUCCCUACCAACAUCCAUACACAACACGUAGUUAUUAUAUACUCUUAUUACAGCUUUCAUGUACAUUUAUUUCAUGUAAAUCGCUCUUUCUCUCUGUCUUUACUCCCUCUACUUCUUUCUCUUCACUCUUUUUACCUCUCUAUUCCCAAGUCCCACCCUAGAAACCCUUUCAAACCAUAAUUGAGGCAUGGCCUCGCUCUCUCCUGAGCCAUGGCUGCUGAGUAAGUGUUACAGAAACAAGAUCCACAUACAGUGCAUUCGGAAAGUAUUCAGACCCCUUCACUUUUCCACAUUUUGUUACGUUACAGCCUUAUUCUAAAAUUGAUUCAAUUGUUUUUUUUUUCCAUCACAGUGCUAGCUGUGUCACUAGAGAUCCUGGUUAGAGUCCAGGCUCUGUCGCAGCCGGCCGCGACCGGGAGACCCAUGGGGCGGCGCACAAUUGGCCCAGCGUCGUCCAGGUUAGGGGAGGGUUUGGCCGGCAGGGAUAUUCUUGUCACAUCGCGCACUAGCGACUCCUGUGGCGGGCCGGAUGCAGUGCACGCUGACACGGUCGCCAGGUGUACAGGGUUUCCUCCGACACGUUGGUGCGGCUGGCUUCAGGGUUAAGUGGGCAUUGUGUCAAGAAGCAGUGCGGCUCGGCUGGGUUGUGUUUCGGGGGAUGCACGGCUCUCGACCUUCGCCUCUCCUGAGUCCGUACGGGAGUUGCAGCGAUGGGACAAGACUGUAACUACCAAUUUGGAUACCAUGAAAUUGGGGAGAAAAAGGGGUAACGUUUUGUUUUUUUCCCUCAUCAAUCUACACACAAUACCCCAUAAUGACAAAACAAAAACUGGUUUUUAGAAAUGUGCAAAUGUAUUAAAAAUAGAAAAAACGGAAAUAUUACAUUUACAUAAGUAUUCAGACCCUUUACUCAUGUACUUUGUUGAAGCACCUUUGGCAGCGACUACAGCCUCGAGUCUUCUUGGGUAUGCCCUACAAGCUUGGCACACCUGUAUUUGUGGAGUUUCUCACAUUCUUCACUGCAGAUCCUCUCAAGCUCUGUCAGGUUGGAUGGGGAGCGUCGCUGCACAGCUAUAUUCAGGUCUUUCCAGAGAUGUUCAAUCGGGUUGAAGUCCGGGCUCUGGCUGGGUCACUCAAGGACAUUCAGAGACUUGUCCCGAAGCCACUCCUGCGUUGUCUUGGCUGUGUGCUUAGGGUCGUUGUCCUGUUGGAAGGUGAACCUUCGCCCCAGUCUGAGGUCCUGAGCACUCUGGAGCAGGAUUUCAUCAAGGAUCUCGCUGUACUUUGCUCCGUUCAUCUUUCCCUCGAUCCUGACUAGUCUCACAAUCCCUGCCGCUGAAAAACAUCCCCACAGCAUGAUGCUGCCACCACCAUGCUUCACCGUAGGGAUGGUAACAGGUUUCCUCCAGACGUGACACUUGGCAUUCAGGCCAAAGAGUUCAAUCUUGGUUUCAUCAGACCAGAUAAUCUUGUUUCUCAUGGUCUGAGAGUCUUUUAGGUGCCUUUUGGCAAACUCCAUAUAUAGACAGGUGUGUGCCUUUCCAAAUCAUGUCCAGUCAAUUGAAUUUACCACCAGUGGACUCCAAUCAAGUUGUAGAAACAUCUCAAGGAUGAUCAAUGGAAACAGGAUGCACCUGAGCUAAAUUUCGAGUCUCAUAGCAAAGGGUCUGAACGCUUAUGUAAACAAGGUAUUUCUGUUACAGAUUUCUUUAUACAUUUUCAAAAAUAUCUAAAAACCUGUUUUCACUUCGUCAUUAUGGGGUAUUUAGUGUAGAUUGACGAGGGGAAAAAUUCAUUUAAUCCAUUUUAGAUUAAGACUGUACACAACGUAACCAAAAUGUGGAAAAAGUCAAGGGGUCUGAAUACUUUCCGAAUGCACUGUACUUAGAUGUACUGCUUUGAUCCCUUUCAUAACCCUUAACAUGGGGGGGACCCAGACACAGCUCCUCUCCUUCUCUCGCGCUCCCUCUUUCUCCUUCCUCUCAGAGUUCUCUGGAACUUCUCAAAUUUCUUAAUGAGUCUCAAUUUUACUCAUUGAGAACCAGGGAGAGGUCUUUACCACUGUAAUGGAAUGUAUUUACCAUGCACAAGUUAUCUAAGGCCUAGUGCCUGACAGUUCAACUUUAUAGAGAAAGCACAGCAUGCAGUCUUCUAAAAACACCAGUGCCAAUGUUAACAUUUUGUCUUCUGUGUUUUUUUCUUCUAGGUGACAAAGGAGGAUUUUAUGACUUUUGACUACAUUCUGUGCAUGGAUGAGAGCAAUUUGAGGUAUGUGCAUCUUAACCAUAUGUUCAUAUGUGUGUGAGUGCGUGCGUGCGUGCAUGUGUGUGUCCAUGCGUAUGUGUGUGUGCUCGGUCUGCUUCCUUUGUUCAAGAGGGGGGUUAACACAAUUUGCAACAUCUGCACGGAUACUGACUCAUAGAACGGUGUUCUGUGCCAUGACAUCACAAGUCUAUUUUAUUCCGGGCUGCCAUUCAAAAUUAUUUACUGGAGUAAAAAACAAGCCAUAAUUGAGGAACAUCCCUGGGGUUUACUUGUUCUCUGACCCUAUGGCACUUACCCACACAUGAUUACCGGGGUCACAAACUAAGGCAGAGAAGAGCUUAUGCAGAGUGUAGAAAUGGCCCGGGAAAUUGAGAUAGACAGAACAGACCAAGCAAAAAAAGUACAAUAGGAAUGAAGUCAUUGUCAGAUCCAAACUUUAUAUCAGGAACUUGGUGAUGGCUGUCAUUCUCUAUGUUAAAAAGUUUGGCUUUCCCUGCAAUAGGUCAGGUAGGGGGACGCCUUGGCGAUUGUGUGUACACACACAGAUGCAGACGUGACAUUUAGGCAAACAUGUACACCUCAAGGUCUAUGUAAAGUGUAGGGGUAAAGUCUGUCUAACAAGUGAGUGUCCCUAAGCUGUUUGCAUGUGAAGCCUGGGCAGGGGGAGGGAUAUUUCUUGCUACUUUGAACGUUCAGGGAUAAUUUAGAGAUCACAUGCCUAUGGCGGAUUUGGUCAGUAAGCAGCUUACUGAGGUCUUUGCUGUUUGGGGGCUACUUUUCCCUUUUCCUCCUUUUUCUGUUUCUCUCUCCAAGUAUUUGGUUGGCUAGCGAGAGAAAGAGAUUAACCUUAACUCCCCGCCAAUUAUUACCAAUGACCUAAUUAAUCGUCACCAGUUAGUUUGUGUGUGUGUUGGAUUAUAGUGCUUUACUUACAUUUCAGUUUAGUCAGUGGGAACCAGGAACCCUUUUAGCUCCGCUGCAUUCUACAUUUACAGUGCAGUGCUAUACAACUCACCUUAACACCCCUCCCCCCCAUGAAAGCGACAGGGGGCCACUGCUCUACCCCAGUGCUAGGCAUGGGAGGUGGCAGUGGUGGGCGGUAGUUUCCUGUUUUGAGUCCUAUUCCCAGUAUUGGAGGCUUCCCAGCUUGGCCCCAUACCCUCAAUGUGGGGGAGUCAGUCCCCUCUACGUCCAAGCAGUAUGACUGGCCAUCUCAUUUGAGCCAUUACACUGCUUACAAUGGGAAGGACCUGGCAACAGCUUUGUUUUAGUGCCUGGGUUAGUAAUAGUUUUUUAAAAUCCAUCCGCUGCAUUUCCAAACCCCUGUGGUCUGGUUUACAGCCAGGCAUGGUGCAUGGAUCCUUCCUCUCUACUUUUAUUACUGUCUGAGUGUAUUGUUGUAUUUAUAAGCCUAAUUACCCCAACAUCAAAAUAAAAGAAACCAAUAAAGUCAAUAAAAUACUCAUUUCCACAGUUGGGUUGUGAGGACUUGUUUGAAGAAGUUGUGUAGCCUUUAAGGAACUAUAUUGAUAUUUGGUUUCAGAGUUCUACUUGUUAUGCACUGAUAGCAUAUACCACAAUAAGCCAUUUAGAAGACUUGAAAUAGAAUAGAUGUGUUGUCCUAUGUGAAGGAAGUUCUUUUUCACAGGCUCUUGCAUGUCACAGACACACCAAACCAACAAAAUGGGUGGUUAAGACUCAUUAAACCUUUUUAUUUGGUUCCAUUUGUUAUGGACAGAUGGCCAUUUAUACCACAAUAAAAGUUAGAAAAGUUGUUCUAUCAAAUGGGUUGUUAAAUUUGUAAAAGUCUGUAAAAUAUUUGGUCCAAAAUAACACUGUACAGUGGUAUUGACUUUAGUAUUGUCACAGGAACAAAUCCUAACAGUCUCUGACUUAUCUCUCUCUGUACAGUGACCUGAAAAAGAAGGCGAACUCUGUGAAAAACAGCAAAGCCAAGAUCGAGCUGCUGGGCUCGUACGACCCAGAGAAACAACUGAUCAUCAAAGACCCUUACUACGUAAGUCUACUGCACUGACAGUGCGAAACACUUAGUGUUUUCCCACCAGUACUAAGGGGCCCUAUCUGGUCACAACUGGGUUACUAGGCUUAGACAAAAAAUGGAUUCUGCUGUUCGCGCUGUGAAUCAAAAAGAAACAUGACUGCAUAUGGCUUACCCCGCCAACAUUAUUCUAAAGUACUGUAGGCUACAUGAAUCCAUACACUUACAGCGAGGUAAGGUAACACAUUCAGUAGAACAAUGUCAUGUUCUCCACAGGGUAAGUUUCCAUGUUAACGCCCACAAUUCCGGGAGUCCUUGUGUACUCACACCAGCACUAUCUAAGCCUCAUGUCAUCCCCAGUUAAAACCCCUGUAUGGAAUAAUUGGUUUCUGAUGGGAAACCAGUAGCAAGAUCUUGUAUUCCUGUAGGGCUGGGAAUUGCUAAGGACCUUACGAUACAAUAUUAUCACGAUACUUUGGUGCCGAUACGAUAUGUAUUGCGAUAUGCACAAUUCUGUAUGGAUUCGAUAAUUCGAUUUGUUGCGAUUUCAAUGUUCCAAACAUAUUGCUCACCAUAUGUCUGCUGCAGAUGGACAAGAGAGCCAUGAGAAAACAAGUCUUGAUCAGUCAUGGAAAUUAAAGUGCUGAAAACAAAUUGGCUCCCUUUUUAAAAUGAAGAUGGAGAACAAGCUAUGAAGGAAAAAUACUGGAGUUUUGAUGCAGGUACAGCCAACUAGCGCAAAAAUCGUAAAUUCGUAAGUCCUGCCAAAUGGCACCGGAAGUGGAGGCCGGUUGGUUUAUGCAGAAUAAAUUGGAUUUCUACAUGGAUGUGAUGGGGGGGGGCUGAUACUGGGGGAGGGAGAAUGGCGGGGGGGGGGGGGGGGGGUCGAAUGGCAGUUAGUUUGAUAAUUGAAGUCUAGUUAUUGGUCUACAGUCUCAGUUUGUUGCGGAGGAAGAUAAUUAGAAAAAAGUAGGAAAACGUUUCAGGAAUGUGAAAAUGCAGGCAAACUGGAUUUGGUUUGAUGAGGAAUGCUACAUAAAUCAUAUCGCCUGUCCUAUAUUCUUGUUAAAAUAAUAAAUUAAUGAAUUUGUUGUGUGGUCUUGACUAGGGACAUGCAUGUUGCGGGUAGACCUCUGAUCGCCUAAUGUCAUGUGUGGGUAAUUGAGAUCUUUAUAUUAGGGUUUCAGGAAAAAUCACUUUUGAUAGAAUAAUGACAGCAAAGUAUUAAUGUUGAGAUGGUUGUGGUUGACCAAAAGAAAGUGUGUGUGUGUGCACUGGCUCAAUCAUGUGUUCCUCUUCUUGGCUGUCUGUCCCUGUGUGUUAAAAUCCCAGUGCAGUCAAAAAUGUGAUUUUCCUGUGUUUUAUAUAUAUUUCCACACUACGAGGUUGUAAUAAUAUUGUGAAAAUGAUAAUGCCCUUUUAGUGUAAGAGCUGUUUGAAAACGCCUGGAAUUUCAGCCUGUUGGUGGGAUGGAGUUUUGGCUUGCCUCCAGGCAGUCAAUUAAUGAAUAGACCAAUAAGAAAGAGUUCCAAACCUCUCUGCCAAUAAUAGCUAGUUUUCAGUUUUCCCCUCCCCACUUAGACCACUCCCAAACAGUCCUAGCAAAAUUCUUCCUUGAGAAAUUACUCUUUGCUAAGAAGCUAUUUUUGUUUCUUUUUGACUAUUUCAAUUGAAAACAAUCACAGUAAGGUACUUAAUUGUUACCCAGAAAUUAUUUGAUAUUGAGAUAAAAAUGUCUGCAUUGGACCUUUAACACCAGCUGUGUGUUUGUGGUAGCCAGAGGGAGCUUAGCCUGAAACAUGGUUUCAGAGGCGCGUAAAUAAAUAUUUUGGCGUGUCGACAGCGCUGGGCUGUGGUCCGUUACCCGUCGCCACAACACAUGGCAGCGAAGCACAGGAAAGGACUAGUGCCAGACGGCUCUGUUUUUUAAAUAAAUGGAGACACGAUUUUCUCAGUCCAACCGUAGAGCUGAUGACGAGCUCUGAGGAGGGCGUAUCUGAGACUUAGUUUGGAGCCUUUUUGUUUGGAUCAUAGACUGGGUUGAAGGGGGUGGAGGAACUGGGUAGGUGUUUUAAGAGUCUUCAGGUGUGGUUGGCUGUUCUCCUGCCAACAUUUACAUUUACGUCAUUUAGCAGACGCUCUUAUGAAGGAGUAUAUUAAAAGGCUAACUGUCAAAUGUGUCCAAGUACAUUUUGUACAGGGACUCAUUUCUGAACAUUUCUGCUGUUGAAUUUAGUUCCAGGAUGGUAUAAAACGAGCAGUCCACUAUAAAAAAAAAACUACUCUUUUUCAGACGGUUCUUACCUUUACAAUGGCCUGAACAAGUAAAAAACACUUUCAAACAUAUUACGAAACAGGUGCUGUAGCAUGUGCACUCAACCAUUUCUGAGGAAAGAAAAUAUCUUGACAGAUUUUCAUUUUUGGAUGAACUUUUUAAAGUGGAGGUUACAUGCCGCUGUCAUGCAUAGACUCUGAGUUGUCGGCCCUUUUCCCUGGUUGUUACUGAUAUUAUUGUUUAUGAAUAUGAGAUCAUCGCCUUAGGAGUCCCCAACCGGCCUCUACAAUGGACUGUCUGUGUUUCACCAAUGCAUGUGGACAGAUAUUACAUCUAUUAUUAUUUUUUAUUUCUCACUCUGUUUUGUAUAUUUUUCUGGAAAGAGUCUCUUCUUGACGUUAAACAUUACUAUCCACACAGUGUACAUUUUGAGUUUUAAACGAGUUUGCCACACAAACUUGGGGGGGGGGGGGGGGGGGACGACGACGACUCCACUGAAGAAACCCGCUAUCCAAUGUCAGCCGUAUAUUCUACCAGGUUUGGAAAUUAUUGAGCUAGUAACUAGAGGCUUUCUGAUUCAAAUAUGGAGAAAGAUAAACUGCUUCGUUGCUCAAGGAAAAGGCUGUUUCCUUCUAUUUUAUUUUGAUGGCUCUAUUUAAAUGCCUUAUAAAAAAUAUAUUGAUGAACACAGCAAUAUUUUUUGUAUUUUUAUAGCUUUCUGAAGAGCAAUCAUUUCUGUAACUUUUAUUAAUAAAAAUAUUUCGAAGCAAAAUUAAUUGAUUCCCUUUUAUUUUCUGUCUUGUAGGGGCAUGAGGAAGACUUUGAAAAUGUGUACGAACAAUGUGUGAGAUGCUGCAAAGUGUUUUUGGAAAACAACUCGUAACAAGACCCGAGAUCUGACCGGUGAACAUCUACCCAAAUACUAGCUGGAUUGUAAAGAAAUGGUCCUCACUUAUCGCCCAUAGUUGUGCAGUUACAAUACACAUCUGCCUGGUCACACUAACAGUAGAUCCCAUCAAUAUGGUGUAGCAAUCAGUUGAUCGUCACAUAAUCUACAAUAUGUCUUAACUGUAAAACAAACUGUUUACUGUACUGUGUCCUAAAUAAAAUGCUUUUUUGAGGAAUUUGCUGAUUGUCAGCUCUCUUCCUCUUCAAAUAAGCGAUACAUACUCAACAUAACUAA